AUGAUAGACGCGGCUGCAUGGCUUGGGAUGGAGCUCUGCGUUCAUACAAAAAAGGGGGAUGUGCUGACUGGAACCCUCUUGGCGAUGGAGCAAAAUGGAUCGAUGAUCCUUUUUCAUGUCAGUCAGCAGGUCAACACACAUGGAAAUGCAGACUUGGAGGAAAUACUCCCAAUAAAGCGCCCAUCUAUUUAUAUCAACAGAUCAGAUAUCGAGCGAAUCCUUGCGCCAGCUCUUCCCGGAGAGGUGUCCCGUUCAAAUGAAAAUGUUAUAAUGUAA